AUCUUAAAACCAAGGAAAAUAUAAAACCAGAAUCCUAAAGGUCAUGACAUCUCAACUGUUUACUUUUGAAUUCAAUUACGCUCGCUAUUUUAACUUGUGUAAAGGCUCUUGGUACUUUUUCCACCCUUGUUGGUGUAGAGAUAAUCGUUUUUAUACACGUUCCUCUAGGAGGAUUUGCGUAAAUCCCGGUUUUGCGUGUUUCUACUGUAGUAGAAACGGUCACUCCCAGGCAGCAGCAGCAGCGGCCCGUCCUCAGUCACAAGGUCCAGACGUCUGCGCUCCACUUCUCUCCGAGGGGCCAGAGCGUUAACUACCUUACCUCCUCUUCUGAUUCUCCACGUUUCUCUCUGUAUUCUACCCUGAGUGUUUUAUUUUUAUUUUUAUUUUUCCAUAUUCCGAGUCCUCUCCAUUACGGUGGAUUCAUGCUGAGCUCUCGCCCUCCUCGGUCGCCAUGCAAAACAACCACCAUAAGGAGCACCUCUACAAGAUUCUCGUUAUAGGAGACCUCGGGGUCGGGAAAACCAGCAUCAUCAAGCGGUAUGUUCAUCACAACUUCAGCCCCAACUACCGUGCCACCAUCGGAGUGGACUUCGCCCUCAAAGUCCUUACCUGGGACCAGGAGACGGUGCGACUGCAGCUGUGGGACAUUGCAGGUCAGGAGAGGUUUGGUAACAUGACCCGUGUGUAUUACCGUGAAGCUAUGGGCGCCUUCAUCGUCUUUGAUGUGACUCGGCCGGCCUCCUUCGAGGCCGUCACCAAAUGGAAGGAGGACUUGGAUUCCAAGCUCACACUAGCCAAUGGGAAAAAUGUAGCCACUGUGCUUCUGGCUAACAAAUGUGACCAGGGUCAGGAAGUACUGACCAAUAAUGGAAUAAAGAUGGACCAGUUCUGCCAGGAAAAUGGCUUCGUUGGAUGGUUUGAGACCUCUGCUAAGGAGAAUAUCAACAUCGAUGAGGCAGCAAACUGCUUGGUGAAACACAUCAUCGCAAAUGAAAAUGACAUGCUGCAAUCAGAAGUUCCCGACACAAUCACCCCUCAGUUAGAGAAGGAUAAAGGCGGGACUUGCUCCUCCUGCUUUCGAUCUCAGUAAUAAUAACGUCCAGCUGUGGGAUGUCCCUGUUUUCAGAGUAGUUUCACACAAAGCUAUAUGCAUGUGGACUGUCUUUGCAGGUGGAGGAUACUGGUGCCAAAUCUUUUCUUGUCUGGAUUCCUGUGGGAGUGUGGCGUGGUGACAGUGCCAGUUCUCUCAUGAACUGGAUCGACUGAAAAAGACAGAUAGCUGCAGCUGUGUCCACUUGUCAGAGGCAGGGUCACCCCCUGAGUGUCUUCAAGCGUUGGCACGAACUCUUUGGUUAUCAUAGUGACACAUUUAACAAGCAGAUGCCCAGUGAGGUUUCAGCAAAUCACAGGAUAUUUGUUCUAAAGAUCUGUGGAGCCAAUCAUUUCAUACAGACCGUGGUGACUCUCUUCUGUUCUCCCUCCCUCCACCCACGUUUUCUCUUCAUCUAUUUUCCCUAUCCAUUAAAAUGGGGGACAAUAAUACAAUUUUCACCAUCUAGCAAAAGCGAAAAUACUUCAAAGUACACAAAAGCCAGCGUCCUUACACAGUAAUCUUUUCAUUUAGUUUAUAUCUUUUUUUAUGUUCCAGCAGAAAUGGUGGCACCAGGAAUGCCUUGUAUAGCAUAUUAAAUGAAUGUAACUAAAAUGUAUUUUCUAACACAUCUAUUUAAUGUUUUCAACAGAUAGUCUGCACUUUAUUUAUAAGUGCACUGAUGUUGCACUUUUGUUUGUUUUUCUCACUGAGAUAUACUUUCAAGCAUUAUUAUAAGGAAAUAUGUAAAGUUCUGUGUAGUAAAGAGAUCUGUGGUACAUCAAAAACUAUUAUCUGUAUUUAAUUUGAUGGUUUUACAUAAAAUGCCUUUCCCAUUGUGAAAUGGUUGUAACUUUCUGAUGUAAAUACUUAUGUAUAUAGUAUAUACAACAAGCUAAGACAGAUGGUAGAAUUGAAGAUGUAUUUGUAGUUGUCAAACUGUUCACACGAAAUAAAAGCUUUGCUGGAUUUAACUUUUUAA